UGUGGACAACGUGGAGGCUUAAUUUCUGAUCACUAAGUUGCUAUGCAAAAGUUGGUGGGCAUUGAAAAUGUACAGAUGCAUUAUUGGCUAAUGUGAAGGCAUUGGAAUAUUUGAUACAUAUUUCUUUUUGUUUUUCAAAACCUCAUUUGGUUCCCUUUGUCCAGAGAUAGUCAAAAUGGGGCUUUAGAAAUAAAACUUGGAUUUAAGCAAGAUCUUCUUUUCAGCCAGCAGGAAUUGAAAGGAGUGGAUCAUGCCUGAACCAGUUACUUUAUGCAGUAUUAAGAGAAUUGGAGAAGACAAUUUGGCCUUUGAAUCAAAUGAGUCACAUAAUGACAUCAGCAAAGCAAAGAGUUUUGGUGGGAAAAAUGAAGCCUCUUCAAAGAACAAUGCAAAAGCAGACAAGAUACCACACAAGAAAAAAGAUGGCAUUCGAAUUGGAUUCUUUCAGCUGUUCAGGUUUGCUUCUUCGGCUGAGAUACUGAUGAUGCUUUUGGGAAGUAUCUGUGCCAUUCUUCAUGGAGCAGCCCAGCCAGCCAUGCUGAUUGUUUUUGGGAUCAUGACAGACACAUUUAUUCAAUAUGACAUUGAAAAACAAGAGCUGGAAGACCCAAACAAAGUGUGCAUGAAUAACACAAUAGUUUGGAUUAACAACUCUCACCAUCAGAAUGUCAGUAACACAUCAAUAAGUUGUGGGUUGCUGGAUAUUGAAAGUCAAAUGAUCUAUUUUGCAAGUUCCUAUGGAGGAAUGGGCUGUGCUGUUCUAGUGCUUGGAUACCUCCAAAUCUGCUUAUGGGUAACAUCAGCUGCUCGCCAGACCCAAAAGAUCCGAAAAGCCUAUUUCAGGAAAAUCAUGAGGAUGAACAUAGGCUGGUUUGAUUGUACAUCCGUGGGGGAACUCAAUACACGAAUUUCUGAUGACAUUAAUAAAAUAAAUGAUGCUAUUGCUGAUCAAGUAGCAAUCUUUAUCCAGCGCUUCACCACCUUUGUUUGUGGAUUCCUGCUAGGAUUUGUCAGAGGCUGGAAGUUGACCUUGGUUAUUAUCGCAGUCAGUCCCCUAAUUGGGAUCGGAGCUGGCAUAAUUGGCCUGUCUGUGGCAAAGUUGACGGGUCUAGAGUUAAAGGCUUAUGCAAAAGCUGGAGCCAUUGCUGAUGAAGUGCUCUCAUCGAUCCGAACUGUGGCUGCUUUUGGAGGAGAAAGAAAAGAAGUUGAAAGAUAUGACAAAAAUCUGGUGUUUGCUCAAACCUGGGGGAUCAGAAAGGGAAUCAUAAUGGGAUUCUUCACAGGCUACAUUUGGUGCAUCAUUUUCCUGUGUUAUUCGCUGGCCUUCUGGUAUGGCUCAAAACUUGUCCUUGAUGACAAGGAAUAUUCUGCUGGGACCCUUUUGCAGGUUUUUCUUGGUGUCCUAGUAGGUGCCUUAAAUCUUGGACAAGCAGCCCCUUGUUUGGAAGCCUUUGCAACAGGCCGUGGGGCUGCCACAAAUAUAUUUGAGACAAUAAAUGAAAAACCUAAAAUUGACUGCAUGUCAGAAGAUGGCUACAAACUGGACAAAGUCCGGGGUGAAAUUGAAUUCCAUAAUGUAACCUUCCAUUACCCAUCCAGGCCGGAUGUUAAGAUUUUAGAUAACCUCAGCAUGAUUAUCGAGCCAGGCGAAACCACAGCCUUUGUUGGCCCAAGCGGAGCAGGGAAAAGUACCACAAUUCAGCUGAUCCAGCGCUUCUAUGACCCUACAGAAGGCAUGGUUACCCUAGAUGGACAUGACAUUCGUUCCCUUAAUAUUCAGUGGCUGCGUUCUUUGAUGGGUAUCGUGGAACAAGAACCCGUCUUGUUUGCCACCACAAUAGCAGAAAACAUCCGCUAUGGUCAGGAAAAUGCCACUAUGGAAGACAUCAUCAGAGCAGCCAAAGAAGCCAACGCCUACAACUUUAUCAUGGAUCUGCCUCUGCAAUUUGACACCCUUGUUGGAGAAGGUGGUGGCCAAAUGAGCGGCGGCCAGAAGCAGCGAAUUGCCAUUGCUCGGGCUUUAGUUCGAAAACCCAAAAUCCUGUUGCUGGACAUGGCUACAUCAGCACUGGACAAUGAAAGCGAGGCUACUGUGCAGAAGACACUUUCCAAGGCUCGUUCUGGGCGCACUGCGAUCUCCAUAGCUCAUCGCCUGUCCACAGUGAAAUCUGCUGACAUCAUUAUUGGGUUUGAGCAUGGAAGAGCUGUGGAAAGAGGGAAACACGAAGAGCUGAUAGAACGGAAAGGAGUGUAUUUCACGCUGGUGACGUUGCAAAGCCAAGGCGACAAGGCACUCAUGGAAACAUCAAUGCAAACAUCUGACCCCAAACUUGAAAAAACGCAGCCUUUCAUCAGGGGAAGCUAUCAGGCAAGCUUACGAGCAUCUCUGCGACAGCGUUCCAGAUCUCAAUUGUCAAAUAUAGUCCCUGACCAUCCAGUAUCAAUGGUAGGAUCCUAUUCGGAGCGCAACUGUAGCAUUUCUCAAUAUGAAGAAGAUGGAAGACCAUUUAUCAAGGAAAGGAUUCAUGAAAAGGAUGAGGAAGAUGUCAUACCUGCUAACGUGACCAGGAUUUUGAAGUACAACGCUCCCGAAUGGCCCUAUAUGGUGCUUGGAUCUCUUGGCGCAGCUGCCAAUGGGGCAGUCAACCCUCUCUAUGCCUUGCUCUUCAGUCAAAUUCUUGGAACCUUUUCUGUGCCUGAUGAAGAAGAGCGAAGAUCUCAGAUCAACGGUGUCUGCUUGCUCUUCGUGGUUAUUGGACUCGCCUCGUUCUUCACCCAGUUCUUGCAGGGGUAUACUUUUGCAAAAGCUGGAGAAUUGCUUACACGACGGUUAAGGAAAAUUGGCUUCCAGGCUAUGUUAGGCCAAGAAAUUGGUUGGUUUGAUGACCAUAGAAACAGCCCAGGGGCCUUGACUACAAGACUAGCGACGGAUGCCUCUCAAGUUCAAGGGGCAACCGGCACCCAGAUAGGAAUGAUUGUGAACUCCUUCACCAAUAUCGGAGUUUCCAUCAUCAUCGCAUUCUACUUCAGCUGGAAACUCAGCUUAGUCAUCACUUGCUUCUUGCCUUUCUUGGCUUUGUCGGGAAUGGUGCAGUCUCGAAUGAUGACCGGCUUUGCAUCUCAGGACAAGAAAGCAAUGGAAGCUACGGGAAGGAUUUCCAAUGAAGCCCUUGCAAAUAUUAGGACCAUUGCUGGAAUUGGAAAGGAGAAAGUUUUUAUCGAUGCUUAUGAGAAACAGCUAGAAGUCCCUUACAAAGCAACUAUUAAAAAAGCAAAUGUUUACGGAGUUUGUUUUGGCUUUGCACAGUGUGUUUUGUUCGUAGCCAAUUCUGUCUCUUACCGAUACGGAGGAUUUUUAGUUGAAAAGGAAGGACUUCACUACAGUUACGUAUUUAGAGUGAUUUCCUGCAUUGUUACUAGUGGAACCGCUUUGGGAAGAGCAUCUUCUUAUACUCCAAAUUAUGCCAAGGCUAAAAUAGCAGCCGCCCGUUUUUUUCAGCUGGUGGAUCGGAUUCCCCGAAUCAGUACGUACAGUGACGUUGGAGAAAAAUGGGAUAAUUUCCAUGGCAGAAUUGAAUUUCUCAACUGUAAGUUCACAUAUCCAUCUCGUCCUGAUACCCAAGUAUUAAAUGGCCUCACAGUAUCUGUAAAAUCUGGGCAGACCCUUGCCUUUGUUGGAAGCAGCGGAUGUGGAAAAAGCACCUGUGUUCAACUUUUGGAGAGGUUUUAUGAUGCCGAUGAAGGAAAAGUGCUGAUAGAUGGCCGUGACACCCGGCAAAUAAACAUCCACUUUCUAAGAUCUAGAAUAGGAAUAGUUUCUCAGGAACCUGUGCUGUUUGACUGUAGUAUUAGCGACAACAUUAAAUAUGGUGAUAACAGCAGAGAAAUAUCUAUGGAUGAAGUGAUAACAGCUGCCAAGAAAGCCCAAUUACAUGAAUUUGUGAUGUCACUCCCCCAAAAAUAUGAAACCAAUGUUGGGGCUCAGGGGUCUCUCCUGUCCCGAGGGCAAAAGCAGCGCAUUGCCAUUGCGCGCGCAAUCGUUCGAGACCCUAAGAUCUUAUUACUGGAUGAAGCAACUUCUGCACUGGAUACAGAAAGUGAACAGACUGUGCAGGCUGCCCUGGACAAAGCUCGAGAAGGCAGGACCUGCAUCGUCAUUGCGCACCGCUUGUCCACCAUUCAGAAUUCUGACAUCAUCGCUGUCAUGUCUCAGGGAGUCAUCAUUGAGAAGGGCUCUCACCACCAACUGAUGGCCCAGGAGGGGGCAUACUAUAAACUGGUCACCACUGGGGCACCCAUUAGCUGAGCUUCUACCUUCCCUGUGGGGGUUGUGUUCACCUUCUUAAGGGAUGUGCUAAAACCAUUAUGAACAUAUCAACCAGCCUUGUGUGGCAAAAGACGACGAUGCACCUAUGUUGGCAAAACCACUUUAACUGAGAAAGGGAAGCCCAGCUUUUGACUGAGGUCAGCUUUUGACUGAGCUGUUCUCUCAAACCACUGCAACUGUGGUUUUCUGAAGAAAAUGGCAGCCAUCUACUGCAGAAGGAAGAUUAUGCAGGAAGAGUGCUCAGAAACCUUUUCAAUAAUUAAGUGUCCAUAGAUUAUUUUUAUAUCUAUUUCUGUUGCUCCUGAAUUGGCAAUAUUAAAAAAGCCUAAUGAACUUCAUUGUGGAUCCAGAGGGAGGCUCCAAUCAGCAUUCAAUGCAAAUGGUUGCAUUGAGCUUUAUUGUCUACUGCCCCAUCAUCAUCAUCAUCCUCUUCAUCUUCAUCAUCAUCAUCAUCAUCUUCUUCUUCAAUUUAACUUAUAUACUGCUUGACUCUCAGUGAUUCUGGGUGGCUCAUAACAAUGAAUGAAAUCACAAUGAAAUCAAUAAAAAUGACAAAAUUAAGAUAAAAGAUGGCAAGAGUGAUGAAGUGAGGGAUCUCACUCUCACUUGCCAAAGGCCUGGGUGAAAAGCCUGGUCUUCCCACCUUCUAAACAACAGUAGAGUUGGGGGGGGGCACCCAUCUCUUGGGGAACCCUCAUUUUAGAGGGCAGGUACUGCAACAGAGAAGGAUGUAUUCAGCAUUAUGAUGGGGAAAUACCAGACACAGAUUCUUACAUCCAUAAAAAAGCAAUAUUGAAACCUGCCUCUGCGUAUCUCUAGAGACUCCUUUAUGUGUACAAUGUCUUCUCUGUAUAAUGGUUCUCUAUGCAGUGUUAAAAGCACUUUGGCCAGAUUACAAAAUACAAUUAUUCUAUUCACUGCUAGUGAGACUAUUAGCCAUUGCAAUUUCCCAAAGGGUCGUCAUUUCUUUUGCACGAAAAAAAAUGAGCUCUUUACAAAAUAAUACAUUUAUUAAUGUGUAUUCCUGUCCACUAACCCAGCACCUACAGUAAAUCGACUGAAUGCAUCUGGCAGAUGAGUGUCCCAUUAAAGGAUAUUUGAUAGAGAAGGCCUGAUUACUAUGCAUAGGACAGAAACAAACAAUAGCAGGAAAAGGAAUAAAAACUCAGAGAAUUAAACAGCAAUGCAGUCCUACUACUUUUAACUUACACACAGCAAUUCAGCAGGAGAUUAAAUCAUGCUUGAGAAAUAGUGUAAGCAGGUGGUAAAGGCUGUUAUUAAAUCAAGCAAUUGUACUUUAUUGAAUCCUUUUAUCUAAAGCAGCUGAAUCUACUUUGUCAGUGGAUUCCUAAGGGGCCUUUUGCAGCCUUGCUUUCUUACAUCCUUCAACAGGAGAUCCUUAUGAAUCAGACCAGAACCAUUUACACAAAGAACUUUCAUUCUACUGCUGGGAGCUCAUUCUGUAGUGGUUGGAGCUUCUUUGUCAAAGUCCCCUUAUCUCAAAGCAGAACGGGACCACUCACCAUGGCUAACUUGCCAUGGGACAACUCAAUGCGGGUCAAUUCAAUUUAUAAUUAUUUAAAAUAAUUUUAAAAAUAUUUUAAUUUUUGUCAUUCACAUUUCAUUUUGUUCCUUCUUUUGCAUCCUUUCUUUAAUGGUUCUGUGCCAGAGAGAGAGAGAGAGAGAGAGAGAGAGAAAAGCAGGGAAGACUAAUUAAAGGCAAAUACUCCUUGGAGGUGAGGAAGGUGGCUUGUUCAUGGAAUGCCUAAAAGUUAAACAAUAAAAUAAGCAGUGGCUCAAGCUAUUGAAAUCUAACAUUCAGGAGAUGUUGUGAUAUGAGGACAGAGAGGCAAAGACACAACCAAGGUCAAGGAAAGCAUCUUUUUCAAUUGACCAUUUAUCUAACUGGCUAAUUUCGGUUUUGAUUUAAACAGGCAAUGUUACAGUUCCCACCUUUGUAUCUUCCUCCAGCUAUGAGCCUUUUAGCACCAAGUGCUGCUGUUUUUUGUUUGAUUGUUCCUUGUAGAGCUGCCCUAUGGAUAUUUUUGUCCCAAAGUCUUCCUGUUCCCCCUUUUGCUGCCCUGGCCAAAUGACUAGAUAUUAGAGCAAAAUGUCAGACCAUGGUCAUCCAAUUGUUUGAUGGAACUUUAUUCUCCUGGUAACCAGUGUGUAAAGUGUAUGUUUGUGUAUAUGUUUUUAUGUCAGUGUUUGAUUUCUGGCAUCUGCCUGGACAACUCUCUGCAGUUUGCUUGGCAAGGUUUCACAAGUUGUUUGUCAUUGCCUCCUUCCCAGAGCACAGAGGGAGGGACUGGCUCAAGAUUACCUAGAUGGUUUCAUGUCUAAAGCAGGACUGGAACUCACGAUCUCCCUGUUCCUAGCCUGGUGCCUUAACUACUACUCUAAACUAGCCCCCCUAUAAAAGUAUAUUGCCUCUGAAUCUGGUGCUUCAGUUUGCUAUCAAAUCUAACACUUGUUGCUUUUAUCAUAACAAUCCCUUUGUUAAAGCCAUUUAAGCCAUUUAAAUGACCAUAUCUUGGGGGCAAGAAUCCUAUAAAUUACUAAUGAAAGUUUUGACUGACUCUUUUGCUAAGUGUAAUAUGGUGAAAGUUAGUUUCUUCAGAUCAUUUAUAACUUUAACAGCUCAUUACCCAAUUAUGAAUCUGUUCACAUAUGGAAGAGUAAUUCAACAUAUUAUCAUUUUGGUUUCCUUAUUCUGUACUCUGUUAUGCUGUUGUUUUCCAGAUAAUGCUGAACCAUCAAAUUAUGUUAAUGCUUGAUGAUAAUGGUUACUUUUCUGCAUCAUGCAUCAUGUUAUUCCAGGGCACCUUCUUUUAUUGUUCAUUCAUUCCCUUCGGAGCCCUGCAUGGUCCCAUUUAUUUUGGUCAUUUGUGCCAUUUCUAUUCUUGACCAGCUCAUUGUUCUAGAGCAGCAUUUCUCAACCUUGGCAACUUUAAGAUGUGUGGACUUAUUUGCAUUUUAGUGACUAAGGCCAUUCCUUAGGCAGAGCAAAACCAAGCUUCUCCAGCUUUUUUUGUAAAGUUUCUGAAGGCUAAGCCAAUCUAAGCAAAGCAACGGUGCUAAUCUUGAGCAGUUGUUACACCUGGAUGAUGUCUUUGAAACAAACAUUAAUUAUAGGGAUUAUAAUACAUUAACAUGUACUCCUUUAAACAUUACUUGGCAAUCUCCCAAAUCUUAAAACCUGUGGGAAUUAUUUGUGUAGCCAAAAAAAAAGGGAUAUUAAAAACUAGAAUCCCCUUGGGUGGCUAUUAGCCAUUUAUAGAGAGAACCACUAAUGGGGGAAAAUAAUUGGGAUUGCAACUUGCAUGAGUCAACAGCAGUUCCUCAAUCCCUUGCUCCGAGUUAAAACUCUCCAUGCAUUGCAAAUUAGGUUCACAAGGUGACAUUCUGCCACUUGUAAAGUGGGUUGUUUCCUCCUUUGCUUCAGGCAGCGAAAUAGCAGGGGCUGGUUUUGUCUCCCGCCCAUUGAAUGUUCUGCAUCCCGUAGCUAUCUUGUUUAAAAAGAUGGGCUGAUAAUUUCAGCUAUCCCUGCAAAUCUACUUGCAGAUGAAUUAAAUACAGAAAGAUGGUAGGCACCAUUGUUUCGGGUUGUUUGGCCUUUGUAUUCCUUUAAUAUUGAUUCAGCUGCAUUCAGGAGCUGAACACUGCUAAACUAUGGCAUUCGAAAUGUGAGGCUAUUUAAGAAAUAUUUAAUAUAUAAACUCCAUUUCUAUUUUCCAUUGUACAGUGGGGAAAAGCCAGGGGAGAACAGUGAAACACAAGUAGGAUUUUAAAAGGAAAAAAAUAGCUGCAGAAUAUGGGCCAUUAGAAUAGGCCUGAAAAAUCAGGAAGUGUAAUUCUUAAAGAAGCAAUUACUUUUGUUCACACAGUCAGAAAAAUCUGAAGAUUAUGUUUAUAGUCACAGCUGGGAUAAAUCACUUUGUUUUCCUACCAAUAUAGAUGGCAUCCAUUUUUCAGCAGUCAUAAAGUGGCUGCUGUAUGUCAUUUUUAUUAAUUCCACUUUGAUGACAGUCAUUUUUUUGGUAAAAACAAAAUGCUUUUUUAAAAUAUAUAUAUGUAGAAAUCAACAUUCUAAAAAAUCUGAACUUAGCACAGCCCCAUUCUAUGUUAUACGAGGUUUCCAAAAGAUUCAGAAAUUUGCUUUACUAGUUAAAUAAAAGAUGCACUUACUGA